AUGGGCUUGCAAUCAAGAAUCAAGAGAUGGGUGUUCAAGUCUACAAAGCCAGCUGUUGAGGAAAAGGGCCCGCCUGGCAGAACCUUGCUGCCGAGACAGCAAUCUCUCAACGUCUUGCAGGCCUCCCUGAUCAAGAUGUGACGAGCCCGGCGAAGGGGAUGUGAUGUGACUUAUGCGGGUUCAUGCAGGCGUGGCGCUGCUGUGCUUGAAUUUGUGAAGUGACAAGUUCCGCUCCAAGGCAAAUGGCAUGGGGAUCAGUGGCCGGCUUGACUACCGUACUUUGACUGUAAGCGUACGUACAGCUGCAAUGCGAACGUAUGCUGUGCAGGACCUUCCCUAAGUCCUUGGGCCACAGCACGGAUCAAGUUUUUGUUGCCCGCGUGGAUUUGGAUCAGUCGGGCGAGCGUGCUAUGUAUGGGCCAUGUGCAGCACCAACGGAAAGCGUUGACCCCAUUCCACCUCUCCACUGUGCGACUCACUCACUCUUCCCCAGUGGUACCUCUCCACUGCACAACCGCACUCAUCGACCCUUGCCAGGCCUAGCAUCUGACGGCGCCCUCCUCUCUCUUGACUCUGCACUGCCAGGCAGACCGACAUCCACGACACUUUGUUGUGUCCACCAUACACAUCCAGCGCACAGAGCCCGAUAAGACCAAGGAAAGGUGGAUCUUUCGAGGCCGCGGGCUCUCUUCGAAGAUAGGGCUUCUGCCUCGACCCACUACAAGCGUAGUCACUCGCAGCCCACCUUGACACCUCAGCAUUUCCGUAUCUCAGCACCUUGCCCUCACACUUCUCCCAAGCACUCAAAGCUGCGGUGCCACGUCUCCUUAGCAGCACAUCAAUCAAUUGCCCAGCCAUCCCCUGGCGUGCUCACCGCAGCGUGCUCCGAGCUUCCACAUCCUUAGCUGAAAGGCAGUCUUACUCCUUGAAAGCGCAAAGCAGUCCGUGAGUACAGCAUCUCGGUACAGGCAGGGCAACAAUGGUGAUUUCGGGACUUGGGUGUGUGGUGCAAAGGGGCGAGUACCCCAAAAGGUCGAAUCAUCGUGCUCGGUUCCAAUUGUUGCGCCAAGACGGGAGUUGUUUGAUCAUUUUUCGCGGGGAAUUCGCUUCUUACUUGCGUCUGGACGAGCACAUACCGGCAUCCGUCAACGACUUGCCCAGCUGGCAUGUCAGAUAUGUUUGCCGGCAAGACGUUUCGUACUUCGGCGCUCCUUUGUCUCACUCAUCAGUCUACGUAUUUUCCUGCUUCUAGUGAGGGCGCUGACACUUUAGCCACCCUGUCCAGACACUUCCUGCAGCCAUUGCGCGGACAGCUUGCACCCUCGCAACACCUCGCCACGCCCCUUCGCAAGCUCAAGAAUCUGGCUCAACGUUCACUUCUGAGCUCCAGGUAG